CAACACCGCUGACGGGAGACACGCCCCCCGGCGGCUGGCUCCUCCCAGGAAGCUGUGACAGCAGCAGCGGCAGCCGCUCUCCUCCAUCCUCGGCUCCCGCACUGUGCAUGAGCCUCAUUAUUACACUGCCCAUCACCCGUACAGCAUGUCCCUCGUACAGCCUCCCCCUCGGCCUCGCUGAGAGACCCGCCGCACUGACAGGCGCACACCCUCUGCUCCCGGUCUCCGGGUGCACUGACAAGCGCACACCCUCUCUUCCCAGGCGCAGUGACAGGCGCACACCCCACCUCCCGGGCUCCGGGCGCAGUGACAGGCGCACACCCCUCCGGCUCCCGGGCUCCGGGAAGCGCCACAGCCGCACACUGGAAUAAUAGGACAGGUGGAGCCGGCAUAAUCAGAGCACAGCGGAGGAAACAUGGCGAGCGACUCCCCGGCUCGCAGCCUGGAUGAGAUAGACCUGUCUGCGCUGAGGGAUCCUGCUGGGAUAUUUGAACUAGUGGAACUUGUUGGAAAUGGCACGUAUGGACAAGUCUACAAGGGUCGUCAUGUUAAAACGGGACAGCUGGCAGCCAUUAAGGUCAUGGAUGUCACUGGGGAUGAAGAAGAGGAGAUCAAGCAGGAGAUUAAUAUGCUUAAGAAAUAUUCUCAUCAUAGAAAUAUUGCCACUUAUUAUGGUGCAUUUAUAAAAAAGAACCCGCCUGGAAUGGACGACCAGUUAUGGUUGGUGAUGGAAUUUUGUGGUGCUGGAUCCGUUACAGACUUAAUCAAGAACACCAAAGGCAAUACGUUGAAAGAGGAGUGGAUUGCGUAUAUUUGCAGAGAAAUCCUACGGGGCCUGAGUCAUCUGCAUCAGCAUAAGGUGAUUCAUCGAGACAUUAAGGGGCAAAAUGUCUUGCUUACGGAGAAUGCAGAAGUCAAGCUAGUGGAUUUUGGUGUCAGCGCCCAGUUAGACAGGACAGUAGGCAGGAGAAAUACCUUCAUUGGCACCCCGUAUUGGAUGGCUCCUGAGGUGAUUGCCUGUGAUGAAAACCCAGAUGCUACAUAUGACUUUAAGAGUGAUUUGUGGUCCUUAGGAAUAACAGCCAUAGAGAUGGCGGAAGGAGCUCCCCCACUCUGUGACAUGCAUCCCAUGAGAGCCUUGUUUCUAAUCCCCCGGAAUCCAGCUCCUAGAUUGAAAUCUAAGAAAUGGUCUAAAAAGUUUCAGUCAUUCAUUGAGAGCUGUCUUGUCAAGAACCACAGCCAAAGGCCCACAACUGAGCAGCUUAUGAAGCAUCCGUUCAUAAGGGAUCAACCAAAUGAGAGACAGGUUCGAAUCCAGCUCAAGGACCACAUUGACCGAACAAAGAAGAAACGAGGGGAGAAAGAUGAAACAGAGUAUGAGUAUAGUGGAAGCGAAGAGGAGGAGGAAGAUAACGAUUCAGGGGAGCCAAGCUCAAUUUUAAAUCUACCUGGGGAGUCCACGCUAAGACGAGAUUUCUUGAGGCUGCAGUUGGCUAAUAAGGAGCGUUCAGAAGCCCUCAGACGUCAGCAACUGGAACAGCAGCAACGUGAGAAUGAAGAGCACAAAAGGCAGCUUCUAGCUGAAAGGCAAAAACGCAUUGAAGAGCAGAAAGAACAAAGAAAACGUUUAGAAGAGCAACAGAGAAGAGAAAAAGAAAUGAGGAAACAGCAGGAGAGAGAUCAGCGGCGGCGGUAUGAGGAACAGAUGCGGAGGGAGGAGGAACGAAGACGAGCUGAGCAUGAGAAGGAGUACAUCAGGCGGCAGCUAGAGGAAGAGCAGAGGCAGUUAGAGAUCCUGCAGCAGCAAUUACUGCAGGAACAAGCCCUGCUUCUGGAGUAUAAGCGCAAACAGCUAGAAGAACAAAGACAAGCAGAAAGACUACAAAGACAGCUGCAGCAGGAGCGAGACUACUUGGUUUCUCUUCAGCAGCAACAGCAACAACAGCAGCAGCAGAGGCAGCAGGAGCAGAGACCACCAGAUAAGAAGCCACUGUAUCAUUACAAAGAGGGGCUGAACCCUGCAGAGAAACCAGCAUGGGCAAAAGAGGUUCAACAACGAUCUCUUAGUAAUUCGCCUGUUCUUCCAGCUAAGCAGCAGCACACUUCUGUUACCGAGCAGCAGGUGCCCCUGGUAACCAAAGAUGCAUCAUCUAGUUGGCAGCCCUCAACUAGGCCAAAUUCUCAGAACCUGCAAUCAUCAGGUCGUGUGAAAAUGGACAACUUAGCUCCACCCAUGAUAUUGCCUUCAAUUCAGAUUUCCAAAUCAGGGCCCUGGUCACAAGCAACACAGAAUGAAGUGCAAUCUCUAGAUGAUGAAGUGAGAUUCUUACUCCAAGUGAACUCACAAGGGAAUGAACCAGGGAGGAAAUCAUUAACAUCCCUUAAAGGGUCCCGCUCCCAAGGAUGUAGUCCAGCCAGGGACACGGGAUAUUCCAAGGUAGAAGAACGAUCCCGACUCAACCGUCAGAGCUCCCCUGCAAUGCCGCAUAAGGUAGCUAACAGGAUAUCUGACCCGAAUUUGCCUCCGAGAUCAGAGUCCUUUAGCAUCAGUGGAGUGCAGUCAGCACGGACGCCGCCAAUGCACAGAUCAAUAGACCCACAGCAACUUCCACUUUUGGUAUCUGUGAAAACCCCAGGACCGUCCCUGUCAGCAUCUCAGUCAUUACAUGAGCAGUCUGCCAAGGGCAUGUCUGCAUUCCAGGAAGAAAGGAUUUCUCACCGCCCAGAGAUGCCUAGGCAGAAUUCUGACCCGACCUCCGAGAAUCCUCCUCUUCCUCCACGUAUUGAAAAGUUUGAUCGAAGUUCUUGGUUACGCCAGGAGGAAGAUCUUCCACCAAAGGUCAAGAACCUAAACUUUUAUUUGCAACAGCCUACAGUUCUGGUGCCUCAAAGGACCACUUCCAUAUCUCCUGCACUAGCACGCAAGAACUGCCCCGGAAACGGCAGCAAUCUGGGGAACAGACUGAGCACACAACCUAUAAGAGCAAGUAACCCAGAUCUGAGGAGAACGGAGACUGUCAUUGAAAAUCCCAUUCAAAGAACUAGUAGUGGCAGCUCUUCCAGCUCCAGCACCCCCAGUUCACAACCCAGCUCACAAGGAGGAUCACAGCCUGGUUCUCAAGCAGGCUCCAGUGAACGAAACAGAGUACGAGCAGGUAAUAACAAACCUGAAGCAUCCCCAGUGUUGCCACAUGAUGGACCUAAUGUGAAAGCUGAAGACAAUAUGACACGUCCAAGUCGACCAGCUAGCUAUAAGAAAGCAAUAGAUGAGGUGGUUAUGGAACAGAAUGUGGAGGUAACAAUCCAAACUCCAUUGGAAUGGGCCGUUAUCUCACAGGCAAUACCCGCGGAUGAUGGAAAGAUCAUGCCGCGGAGAAUGAAAUCUAAAAACAAAACGGAUCUGACUGCUUUGGCAAAAGAGCUGAGAGAGUUGCGCACAGAAGAGACAAACCGACCAAUGAAGAAGGUGACCGAUUACUCCUCAUCCAGUGAGGAAUCUGAGAGUAGUGAAGAAGAAGAUGGGGAGAGUGAGAACCAGGAUGGAACUGUGCCUGUUAGUGAUAUACCAAGACUCAUACCUACUGGAAUGCCUGGAAACAAUGAGCCAUAUAACACAGGGACACAGGGACUUGAAACCUCACAGUCAGAGACGUUCAGAAGCAUCUCAAGAGAAGGAACGUUAAUGAUACGAGAGCCUUCUGGAGAUAAAAAACGCUCUGGCCAUGCAGAAAGUAAUGGUUUUGCCGGCCACAUAAACCUUCCUGACUUAGUCCAGCAGAGCCACUCCCCGGUGGGUACUCCAACUGAAGCGGUAGGGAGAGGUUCAACGCAUGCGCAGGAGAUGGAGGCUGGGACUGAAUAUGGUAUGGGGAGUACCAACAAUGCAUCGUUUACUCCAUUUGUUGAUCCAAGAAUUUACCAGACCUCUCCCACUGAUAAUGAUGAUGAUGACGACGAUGACGACGAUGAUGAUGAGGAGUCAUCUGCAACAGCCCUGUUUACUAGCGAACUGCUUAGACAAGAACAAGCCAAGCUGAAUGAGGCCAGAAAAAUAUCAGUGGUAAACGUGAACCCUACCAAUAUUCGUCCUCACAGCGAUACUCCAGAGAUCCGGAAAUACAAGAAACGCUUUAAUUCUGAGAUACUUUGUGCAGCAUUAUGGGGUGUAAACUUACUAGUGGGCACAGAGAAUGGAUUAAUGUUGUUGGAUCGCAGUGGGCAAGGAAAGGUCUACAAUCUUAUCAACAGGAGAAGAUUUCUGCAAAUGGAAGUUCUAGAAGGACUGAACGUUCUGGUAACCAUAUCAGGGAAAAAGAACAAGCUAAGAGUGUACUACCUUUCCUGGUUGCGGAAUCGAAUACUGCACAAUGAUCCAGAGGUGGAGAAGAAGCAGGGUUGGAUAACUGUAGGAGAUUUAGAAGGCUGUGUACAUUAUAAAGUUGUGAAAUAUGAAAGAAUCAAGUUCUUGGUUAUUGCACUAAAGAAUUCUGUAGAGAUAUAUGCCUGGGCUCCAAAGCCAUAUCAUAAGUUUAUGGCGUUUAAGUCCUUUACAGACCUCCAGCAUAGACCAUUGCUCUGUGAUCUGACUGUAGAAGAAGGACAAAGGUUAAAAGUUAUAUUUGGCUCAAGCACCGGUUUCCAUGUCAUUGAUGUUGAUUCUGGAAAUACAUAUGAUAUCUACAUACCAUCUCAUAUUCAAGGUAACAUCACUCCACAUGCUAUUGUCAUUUUGCCAAAAACGGAUGGCAUGGAAAUGCUUGUGUGCUAUGAGGACGAAGGGGUGUAUGUAAACACCUAUGGCCGAAUAACUAAAGAUGUGGUGCUUCAGUGGGGUGAAAUGCCCACUUCAGUAGCAUAUAUCCAUUCCAAUCAGAUAAUGGGCUGGGGAGAGAAAGCGAUUGAAAUCCGCUCCGUGGAAACCGGCCACCUGGAUGGGGUAUUCAUGCACAAGAGAGCCCAGCGGUUAAAAUUUCUGUGUGAAAGAAAUGAUAAGGUUUUCUUUGCAUCUGUGCGGUCAGGAGGCAGUAGCCAAGUCUUUUUUAUGACAUUGAACAGAAACUCCAUGAUGAACUGGUAACAGUGUUCUCCAAGCAAUCCUAUCCAUGGCAUUAUUUCUAAACUAAGUUUGGUUUUGUAGAUGUGCAUUACCUCGCGGAACUGUCUGCUGUCAUUUACACAGGUUGAGGAAUCUUGUUCUUCAAUUCUACAGAGCCCGGUGCACUUGGCAGCAGUGUGCAAGCAUACAGCGACCUUGACCUGCAGCGAGAACAGACACUUUGCACUCCACCCCUGGGAACACUGUGGCUCAGAGGUCCACAGACUAAGCUGUGUUAUAGUGGCUUGUUCAUUUUACCUUUUCAUUGUGUCUUAUUUUUGUAAGAAUGGCAAAACAAACAAAAACAAGGUUUGAACCAGUCUGUUGAUUUCUGUCUGCCUGCUCUAGCGAUAUAUAUAAAUAUACAUAUGUUGUACAAUUACCAAGUAAAAUGAGACAGCACAAUAAUGUACCUUUUUCUGUUUUGCUAAAGCUGUAUAGAUGGGUAAUUAAAAAAACAACCUUUUUGCCUUCAUCAACCUGAAUGUUGCUUUUUAAUAGCAACAGCCUAAAUAAUUUUUAAUGAAAAGCAAAUGUUUCCUCUUUCUUUUGGGAAACGUAGUUUAAAUGGCUAAACUAGCCGUAUUCUAAAGAAUCUUAUGCCAUUAUUCAAUCUGUCUGUUCAUAUAGUCUAUGGAUACAUGCAUAAUGAUGUGUGUUGCUGUGGGCAGCAGGGUCAUGUGGGAAAUACACAGAGGGGAUUACCUGUGUUUUUCCUUUUGUAUAUUAUGCAACCAGGUUAGGGCAAACACAAAGGGGGAGCAUGAAUGAAGAGCUUCGGGUGAUUGUCACCUUUUUAAAUCUCAUUCGCUCUUAUAUACAGCUGUUAAAAUGGAUGGCUAUUAGGCAAUAAUAGUACUUUUGCCAAUAUUGUCACAGUGACACUUUCUAGUAUUAUGACGUCGGGAGCUUCUGUGAGGCUGCGGCCUAUCAGUCUGGGAUAAACAAAACAUCUUUUUUUAACCAAAGGAUGUCAGGAAUACAAACACUCACUCCCACGGUUUACAGGCAUCAAGCUUUACACGACAACAUUGUAAAGACAGAUUUUGUUUCUAAGAAUUACCCAACGUACAGUUACAGACCACAUCUGUGCAAAAAAAAUUAUAAUUAAAAAAAAAAAAGUUUUAAAAAGUGUGUACGUAGUUCAGGUGAUAAUGAGUCUUUCAACACACAAUGCUCUAAUAAUUUAAUGAUAAAAUAUGUGUACCAGAAUUUUAUUUUUUAAUAGCUACAAGCAUGGCUGACUGUGGUAAUAGGGUGUUACAUCCAGAAAACUGUGUUGCGCUACUUUUAUUAUUAUUAUUUAUUUUUUACCUACCUCGUUUUGUCUUUCUUUUCGAUAUCUUUUCUUCUGGAACUGCUCAUUGCAGCAUCGUUACUCCUUUAAGUACCUGAAGAAAUGUGUUGGUUACUGCCAGUGAAAUCCCGUUUAGUCUCCUUCCUUAAAAAUCUCAAACAAUAAUGAAUUUCAAAAACCAUACCGCUGCGGACUAGCCAGAUAAUGGUUUGCACUCCACUUGGACACUGAUCGGGAGAAAAGGCGUGUGGCACUCAUUUACAAUUUGGUUGCAAUUGUUUUCUUUUAGUGGCUGUGAUUGUACUUUCGCUGGGUGCUUUUAACAUUCUGUUGCUAACUGAUGAAUCUUUUAUCAGUAAAACAUUACAAAUAAUACACAGUUUCAACUAUUCUUUUUUUAUUGUGGGUUUUUUGGGGUCCCGUUCUGAAAUAAAAGGGAUUAUUGUGUUUAAA